UUCGUUGUAGAGAACCAAGUGAGCUAGCGCACCGAUCGUCGUCCACACCGGGCAACUGAAACAGGACAAGCUACACAAACAUCUUUAAGCUCUGUGGAGAUUUCUUUGAAACACUCGAGACGACGAUUGGAUAGAAAUCGGCAAAAACUUCUAGAGAAAACCACAAUGCGCGGGUGUCCUCUCUAACUUCCAUUAGUUGGAGAGGGGUAUGCUUCUUAAAGAGCAGUACACGCUGUAGACACCAAGAGUACGAGUGGCUUGGGUCAUGAAACUGAGUCCACAGCAAGCUCCGUUAUAUGGUGAGUGUGUGCUGACAGUCCAGCUGUGUGAUGAUGAGUGCGGUGAGGAAGAGGAGGAGGUGGAGUUCUAUCUGCUGUUCGCAGGCUCCACUCAGCGGCAUCUGGCUAGCACCCUCCGGAUCAGUCAGGUCACCCUGCAGGCCAUCUGUCCAGCUCAUGACUCCAGUGAGGUGGUGCAGGUGACCCUGUGUUCUGCGCGGCCGGGUGGCUCGGUGGAUGCCCUGGCUGAAGAAUGUUUCCAGUUCGUGCAGGACCUGGCCUGGGACAUGGCCCAGUUCCUGGUGAGCAGGGCUGGCGGCGGUGGUAGCGAAGGCAGCCAGGAGGGGGCGCUGUUGCUGGACGAGUGUCAGAUCCCCCUGCAGGAAUGCGAGUGGCUGGACUCCAACCUGGCGCAGGCGCUGCGGCACCUGCAGCUACCACACGGCUGGAGUGUGCUGGACACAAAGAUGGGCGCGCACGCCGACGACACUCAGGUGGACGCACCUCUGAGCAUAGACGACCGUCCUCACGUCAGCACAGGACUGGGUGGCGGGCAGCCGGACACCCUCCUGCACUUCGCGGCGCGGCGAGGUCUCCGUCAGGUGGCCCUGUUCCUGCUGGAGCAGCCGGGCGGACGGGAGGCGCUAGGACACCCCAACCAGCACGGACGCACGCCGGCACGGGAGGCCCACAAGCACGGACACACACAGCUGCAGGAGCUGCUCUCUGACCAGGAAGAGCUCUCGUCUCUCUCGUCUCUUUCGGACACACGCAAGUCCAGGGAGCGCCACGUCUACCCAGGAGGCCGAGGGUGUCUGCACCACCACCCCGAUCUCGACACCUACACGCUCACGCAGAGCGUCUGCCCGGGCAGCCCCCCUCCCACCUUACAGAGGGAGGUCCAGGACUUCCAGAGGCUCAUCCAUCGCCACCGAGAUGGAGAGGGUGACGUGGAGCUGCAGCAGCAGUUAGAGAAGCUGUAUCCUGCCACAGGAAACCGCGACGAUAGAGCCGGGAAGAGUCGAGCCAACGGCUCAUCACGCCGCACGCCCAAACGCAAGCGAGGCAAGAAGGGCCAACACAACAACAACAACAGCAGCAGCAGCAGCAGCAGCAACACAGAGACCCACAGAACCGCAGACCCGUCCCCGGGGGUCCCGAGAACCGAGUCCACGGCCAACCAUGUCAGCGUGGCGGCAGCCAGCCGCGGGCUCUGUUCAAACGGGGAACGAGCAAGGGAAGGCACAGAGGAGGAGACGAGGGCGGGACCUGACAGAGAGCCACCGUCAUCGCCACCAGCGGAGGCUGUAGAGGAGCACCGCGGCGCGGCGGAGGUCAGUAGAGAGACGGAGAGGCGGCCGCCGCAGGUGUCUGUUUCCGGGGCCAGCCCAGCAGGACAGAUAGAGGAAGCCGAGAGCGAGGAGCGCACAGUUCGACACGCGCCGCCGCCACAGCUCGCACCCGACAGGCGGUCGCCAUUGCUACCACCACCAGCAGUAGUCGCAGCAGCGGCAAAAGAGCAGCCAAAACAGGAAGAGAGAAGUGAGGGGGGAGAGGAGAGCUCAACCGCAGACUUCACCAUGGGCCAAGCCCAGACCCAGCAACCGCAGGAGGAGCAGGAGGAGCAGGAGGAGCCUGGAGGGGGGGAAACGAGAGACGGAGGGAGGGGGAACAAGGGUACAAAAGUUCCGCUCGGUCACGCGAGUGAGCCACAGACGAGCGGCGCACUCAGGACGCAGGAAGCAGAGCCGGACUCAGCCGUCGCCGACGACGACGCCAUGCAGCCGACGCCUCUCACAGCCACAGCGGUCGGCAACGGUCACCAGGAAGACCCGAGCACAUGGAGAAUCGCUUCCAGAGGAGCAGAGGACGUUCGUCUCGGUUCUCACGCCGAACGGGCGGACGGCAAGUGGCCAGAGGAAAAGGAAAUGGCCGAGGAGGAGCGGGCUGACUUGGCCGACGCUCCUGAGGAAAGCACAGAGACUCAGUUGGUGGAGAACUGGACAGACAUGGGAAAAGAGCCGACUGGAGCGGUCGAGGAAGGGGCAGAGAAGGCGAUGGAGCCCGGUGAGACAGCUGGUCAGAGGACUGAGAGAUUGGACGCACACACAGAGGACAGCGGCAGAACAGAGAGCGACACACAUGGCCGCGUCUCCGGAUCUCCUAGCGGGCAGCAGGAAACGGCCUUGACCGCCAGCCUCAGCGAGAAGCCCCUUCUCAGCACUGAACCUUCGCCUGAGAUGGGAUCGAACAGCGCAAGCCAACAUGCCAUUAGCAACCAAGGAGACACACUCAGCAACGACAAAAGCUCUCACGGACUCACAGACACACACACGGACAGAAGCCUUAAAGAAACGUUGUCCAGUCCAGUUGAGGAGCAGUUGGAUCUGUCUGUCAGUCUUGGACCCGGAAUGGCUCCUGGACCGGACCACUUGCCUGAACUGGAUGGUACCAACCGGGCUCCAGUGUCCUCACAGGUCUGUGUGAGUGGACAGGAGAGUCCGGGGAACCUUGGUAUCGCCGAGACAAGUGACGGAGACGUGUCCAGUGAGGGAACUAAUCGGAUCACGGGGACUGAAUGCGCAGAGACGACGCCCACAGAUCGAAAUGCAGACAAGGAAGAGCAGUCCAAUCACAGCCUGGAGGGGGAAGAGCAGUCCAAUCACAGCCUGGAGGGGGAAGAGCAGUCCAAUCACAGCCUGGAGGGGGAAGAGCAGUCCAAUCACAGCCUGGAUGGGGAAGAGCAGGGCUGUGAUUGGUCUGUUCCUGCACACCUCUCAGGUGAGGUGCAGGAGCUGUCGUACGCCGCAGUGGUGAAGCGGUGCUUGACGUCUGAGCAGGACGAGGGAAAGGAAGAGGGAGAGCGCGAAGAGGAAAGAAAACAACAACAACAGGACAAUGAGGAGGAGAAGUGCACAGUUCCGGAGGAAUUCCCCCUCUCGCCUGUACCCUCAGGAGAACCCGGAAAGCACUCUGAGCAGGACUCCUCGGCAGGCUCUGAGUCGCCCACACACACAGAGCCGGACGCACACACAGGUGCUGGAGCUUUCACACACACCGAGCAGGACACGCACGCAAGCGCUGGAGCUCUCACACACACGCAGCCACACACACCAGGUGCUGAACGUUUCACAGACUCUGAGCCACACACACCAGCAGGUGCUGAAUCUGACACACACACAGAGUUGGACGACAGGGUGGUCACUGAGUCACACACCGCUCCCGAGACUGACCAGAGAGCAGAGGAGGAGGUGGUUGUUUCCGCUGAAGAGGGGGAGCUGAACAGACCAGAGCAGGCGACAGAAAUCAUCGCAAGAGGAACUAGUCCUAAAGCACAUGCAGCACAGAGUCAGGGGACGGUUCCUGAAACGCUGACCGCAGAGACCGAGAAAAAAGUUCCCGAAACACACAUAGUACAGAGCGAGGGAACGGUUCCACAAAAGUAUCCGAGCGAAGGGAUGGGUUCUAUGACGGACAGAACCCAGAGCGAAGGGGGCCAUCUUGGCUCUCAGCCAGGGCAGAGUGACGAGGCUCCUCUUGAAAUUCUCCCAGUACAGAGGGAAGGGACUGAGUCUUUGGCACAGCCACUACAAAUGGACGGAGGAGCCGCCGUCUUACCGCACACACAAGAUGGAGGUACGGAAGCCCCUCGGGAACACACAGACUUGAGUUUAGCUCCGGAUGCCGAUUCUGGAGAGGAGGGGUCCAGCGAGAUGCUCUCCACUCCUCUGUGGGAAGAGGAUGAAACGGCCGCCGAGUCCCAGGUGGAGUUGCGGAGUCCAGGGAAGCGGAUGGCCGAAGAAGGACUAGGCUCAUCCGAAGACGCAGAGGGCCAUGGGUCACUCGAGUUUGGGCUCACCGAGACUCGACAGGGCUCACAGAGAACCGAAACUCUGGCCUCCUGUCGGCAUGGACAGGCGUCUUCUGAGUGUGCGUUGUGUGUGUGUGAUGAUGGACCUGUGGCCCCAGCGGAGCAGCCGUCUCCAGAGGGGUCAAGGCCAACGGAAGGUUCCAGUAUGGAAUGGGUUCAGGUUGCUACAGAGACUGCAGUCGAGGGAUGUAGUGAGGAUUCUGAGUCACUCGAUAGGAGUGAGAAGGGUAUUGAAGAUUCUAAAGGGGAGAGUGUAUGUAUGGAGGCAGACACACACACCCUUGCUGGAGGUCUGCACCCCAACCCUCCAGAAGAGGCCUCCGGAGGCACCAGGGGUCCUGCUGUAGAGCCAUGCCCAGUGGAGCUCACCCUUUCUGGGGAUGCACACACUGAGGCCCCCUGCCUCAAAGCUUCAGAGAGCAGUGUUGAGGACACCGACGCAAACACAAGCCUAAAUGAGACAAAGACUUACGCAGACACAACUGUAAAUGAGACUGAAUCUCACACACACACAUCCCAGACAGAGACAGAGAGACACACACACACAUCCCAGCGCGAGACUUGCACACACACACUCGUGAACGACUCAGAGGCACAUGCACACAAGAGCCCAAGUGACACGGACACUCACACACACUUGAUCUCGAACAAGAUGCAAACGGACACACACACGAGCCAAAGUGAUCCCCAGGCACACACACAGCUGAACCAAUGCAAAUCAGAACCAGUAGCAGACGGUGCUGACCCAGACACGGAGGCCCGAGUGGAUACUCAGGCCGACAGCUCUGUGGAUGUAGACCUUGUUCCGGAUGUCGUUGAUGAGGCGUGUCCCGACGACUCCUCCCAGGACGUCACCCAGGAGUCUCAGGACACACACCUGAGCUCGCACAGGGAGCUGGAGACACACACACUCCCACAGUCAGGAGCUCACCUGGAGACACACACCCAUCUGGACAGAGACACACUCCCGGAGUCAGGAGGUCACCUGGAGACAAGCUCCACACUAGGAGCAGAUGUAGGGGACAGAGGAUUAAUGAACACUUUAGAUGGAAGUGAGGAACCCACAUCAAUGAUGAAAACAAAUGAGAUCCACAGACAGACGGAGGUGUUUUAUGCAGUGGACUCCUGUCCAAAAACGGACUUGCAGAAUAGCAGCAAGGAACGUUCCGAUGUCCCAAUGUGUCCAGCUUCAGAGAGGGUCUCUGUUGGGUCAGAUGUCCCGAUGGACUCACUGGCAGAUGGGGACACUGUACCUAAGGUGGAAACUGUAGUUCCAGCUGUGGACAGGUGCAGUGAGGUGUCCUCGCCCACUCCCUCCCCAGAUGACCCUCCCAGCGUCCCCCGCCGUGACCCCGUGGACGUUCUCGCCAGGGCCAGCUGGAGCUCGACGGACUCGUGGCAGGGCACGGCGGGCACUGUGUCCUCACCCGUCUCCACGGAGUUAGAGGAGUCUGAGCGCAAGGACCGCGUGACUGAGGUGCCCGCCCUCUCAGCCCUGCUGCGCCCCGCCAUUCGGCCGCUCUCGCCCUUCCGCCGCCAUAGCUGGGGGCCGGGCAAAGCGCCCGCGGGCGAGCCGUCGGAGCCUAACGCCGCCCAGCGCAACAGCACUGCUGUCCGCAGUCCUGGUGGAGGCAGGGCUACAAAGACCACAGGCCACAGAAGAAGUGUGAGCUGGUGUCCUUCAGAUAUCCUCCGUCCAGCGGUGGAGGAGAUUGGGAACAGAAGCUCCAGUUUAGAGGGCCUGUCUGCGGAGCAGGAGGACACAGGUGGGGCUCUAUCCCCAGGUGUAGUGACGGAGACGGGCCGGUCCCGGGAUGCGGUGCGGGCCGACAGGGGAAGCUCUCUCGUCUCGCUGACCGAGGAGGAGCAGGAGUCAGACAUGGGAGAGUGCAGUAGCCUAGACAGCCAGAAGUCAAUCGGACUCCUCAGAGCCUUGAAGAGACCUCCUUCACACCCACUUACCAAGUCUCGCUCCCUGGUGGCUAUUAGUCCCAAAGAUCUGGACGUGAUGGGACGCGUGCGACCAAAGAGGCGAAUCUCCUUCUCCUUCAGCAUCUCUCCACUCCUCCCCAAAUCUAAAACACUCUUUUCUAUUGGCUCUUCAUCCAGCGAUGAGGAGGAGGCAGUCAGUCUGGCGUCGUUCAGCAGCGUGUCUGGAUCACUGGAGUACAGUAUCUCGGAGGAGGACCCAGGGCCCCUGCGGAGUGAUGGCGAGGGGAGACAGGGCACCAAAGUCAGUCGGACAUUCAGCUACCUCAAGAGCAAGAUGAGCAAGAAGGGCAAGGAGAAGGACAAAGAGAAGGAGCGGCUACGUGAGCGCGAGAGAGAUGCCAAAGAGAAGGAGAAAGGCUUGGUGAACGGGCACCUCUUCAGUGCCAUCGCCAACGCGCCUUCCACACUGUGCCAGUACUGCAGCAAGCCCCUCAACACUAAAGAGGCAUUAAUCUGCAACAAUUGCAGUGCACACGUCCACAAAGGCUGUCGAGAAAACCUGCCUGUGUGCGCCAAGGUCAAAAUGAAGUCAAUGACACUGCCUGAUUCUGGACCACCAUCUGGUGUCAUCAUGAGAAACAAAACCCCAGCAAUAGCCAUAUCUCGGGAUCGUCCGAAAUCAACCAUCUCCAUACCUGAUGAUCAGUUUGGUCAGAUGCCAGCUAAUCUGCCACGGAAAAGCACCAGCAGUAUCAUGUCUUUUAGUGGACACAACCCACUGUCCAAGAGUAUGUCCAUUUCCAACAUUACUGGCCCUGGGCUUGAUGACAUGCCGUUGAGGAGAAGUAUGUCCCAGUCCACAGACUCCCUGCACAAGACCAGCAAGGUCAACGAGUCAACAGAGUCUCUGACCGAUGAAGGUACGGAGAUGAUGGACGUCCAGCUGAUGUGUGAGUUCGAGCCUGACGUGCGGGAGCUAGAGGCGGACUCGUGGAGCGUAACGGUGGAUAAGAAGCAGCUGAAGCACCUCAAGAAGGACGUGGUCAAGAGACAGGACAUCAUAUACGAGCUGAUGCAGACGGAGAUGCACCAGGUGCGGACGCUGCGCAUCAUGGGGGAGGUCUACUGCAAGGGCCUGGCGGGGGAGCUGAAGCUGGAUGCGGCCGUGUUGGAGCGCCUCUUCCCCUGCCUGGACGAGCUGACCGAGCUGCACGGACGUCUGCUGGGCGCCCUGCUGGAGCGGCGGAGACAGACGCCACUCUUGCGAGACGCCACCGCUACCUCCAACGCAGCGGGAGGCUUUCUGGUGCACCGGAUUGGAGACGUGCUGGUCUCUCAGUUCUCCGGAUCCAGCGCAGAACGCAUGAAAAAGGUCUAUGGGAAGUUCUGCAGCCGCCACAACGAGGCGGUAAACUUUUACAAAGAGCUCCACGCCAAAGACAAGCGGUUCCAGGCGUUCAUUAAGAAAAAGAUGAGUAGCGCGAUCGUUCGGAGGCUGAGCAUCCCGGAGUGUAUUCUGCUGGUCACCCAGCGCAUCACCAAAUACCCCGUCCUCAUUCAGAGGAUACUGCAGCACACCAAAGACGGUGAUGAGGAGCAGGAGGAGGUGUCACGCUCGCUCCGGCUGGUGAAGGAGGUGGUCACGGCCGUGGACAACCGCGUGCACGACUACGAGCGGAAGCGUCGGCUGAAAGAUGUGUACGGCCGCACCGACAGCAAGUCCAUCAUGCGCAUGAAGAGCGGCCAGAUGUUCGCCCGCGAGGACCUGCUCAGAGGGCGCCGGCUGCUCCACGACGGCCCACUGCAGCUCAAGACCUCCGCCGGCCGGUUCAAAGAUGUCCAGGCCCUGCUGCUGUCCGACGUGUUUGUCUUCCUUCAAGAGAAAGAUCAAAAGUUCGUCUUCGCUUCACUGGACCAGCGGUCUACGGUCAUCUCCCUGCAAAAGCUGAUCGUGCGCGAGGUGGCUAACGAGGAGAAGGCCUUGUUCCUGAUCACGGCGGGCAUCGAGAGGCCAGAGAUGGUGGAGGUGUACGCCAGCUCCAAGGACGAGCGCAACACCUGGAUACAGCUCAUCCAGAACGCCAUGCAGUCCAUAGAGAAGGAUGAGGAUGAGGGCAUCCCCAGUGAGAGUGAGGAGGACAAGCGGCUGCAGGAGAACAAAGCCAAGGAGAUGCGAGAUCUCCUGCACCGGAAGGAUGAGCAGAUCCUGGGUCUGCUGGAGGAAAAGGUAAAGCUGUUCCGGGAGCUGUGCGACUGCGCCGCGCCAGAUGACCUCAUCCAUGCGCUCCGCUGCCGCAUGAUGUUCCGUGCCACGCCCAGCGAUGUCACCAAGGGCGAGCCAAUCAUGAAGGACGCUCUGAAAGAAGUGGAGACCCUGCAGGAGCUGGUGAACAGGAGUGUUGUUGGAGCUGUGGGUCAUCAGAUGUCGUCGUGUCAGGAUCCACCAGGGGGCAGUGUGGGGCCAGUCUGCCUCCCCCGACGUGCUGAGACCUUUGGGGGCUUCGAUAGCCACCAGAUGAACAUCUCCAAAAAUGGAGAGAAAGAUGAGGGUGAGGACUUACGAAGAACCGAAUCGGACAGUGUGCUGAAGAAGGGAGGCAAUGCUAACCUUCUGCUCCUACUCAAGAGGAAUAGUGAGCAGGUGCUCAACAGCGUCAUCCACCUGCACGAUCUUCUACUCGCCCUGCAGGCUGUGGUGGUCCAGCAGGACUCCUUCAUUGAGAACCAGCGGCAGGCCCUGACCCAGCGCUCCGCGUCGUUCUCCUCCACCUCCUCCGUCUGCUCCUCCUUCUCCUCGUCCUCCCGGCCGGCGGCGACGACGACGACAGUGUCGGCGGCGGUCACCCCCACCAGCAGCGGCAGCAGCCCCGGCGCUGUGGCCGAGGUGGCGGAGCAGGAGCGGGCUCUGGCGGAGGAGCGGCGGCGCUGGCAGGGCAGGUGCGAGGAGCGCGAGCGGACGCUGGCCGAACGGGAGCAGCAGGCGCGGAGGCUCGAGGGAGAGGCGGCCGCCGGCGGGCAGCGGCUAGAACAGGAGCAGAGGAUGCUCCGCGAGCGCGAGGAGGAGCUGGAGAAGGACUUCCGGCUGCUCCGCGAGCGCGAGGAGGAGGUGCACAGGGAGAGGGAGAAGCUGCGCGACGCUCAGGGCCGACUGGAGCGCGAGAGGGAGCAGCUGAAGCAGCACACACAGGAACAGCUGUGUCGGCUGCAAAGGACCCCUUCCACCACAUCGGAGGACUCUAUGAAGUUCCAGAGCUCCGGCUCGCUGGACCGAUUCCCUGUGGCCGGCGCCGGCGACCUGUCUUGCUACUCCACGUCCCCAGCCACCGGCAGCGCCGCGGCCAAGGACCUGAUGUCCAGGGUGGACUCCAAGAAGCGGAAAGGGAAGAGCCUGAACCCCUUCUCAUCUUCCUCCUCCUCCUCUUCCUCUCCCACCGUGUCGACUCCCCAGCCGAUGCCCAGCCGCCUGCUGCAGCUCACCAAGCCCAAAGACAAGAAGGAGAAGAAGAAGAAGAAGGGCAAAGGUCAGUCCUCAUCUCCCACAGACGCUUCCAGCACUGAAGCCACAGACGCCUCUGGGGAAGGACCGGUUUUCUACUGCUGAAGUCCUUCACUCUCAUCCAGGUCCUCCAGUAUCCCACAAGCCCCCUCUCUCAGGAUCAGCCUUGCAAGACCCCACCCCCAAUACAGCACCUAAAUGUGUGGGAUUCCAGGCUGUGUUCUGCCAAAGGAUUCCCACAUCUGUCAGUGCACUAAACUCAAGACAACCACACACACACACACACACACACACACACACACACACACACACACACACAUCCAGAUGCAGCCUGACACACCCACUCUGGACCCUUUGAGAGUGUACUGAUGAAGUGUGUGGUGAGCUGGUUGCUUGGUGAUGUGGAUUGGAUUUGUUUGGACUUGACUUGGCGACAUGCCGCUGUAUGUUUAAGAGGGACUUGAGAGGAGUGGUCAUCAUGGUCAUCUUCAUCCCGAGGAAGAGGAUGAAGACCAUGCAAAGACUACAAAAGGACACCUCUGUCAUGAGGAGGAGAAAGAGACUUGCACCACCUGAGAGCAUGAUGUGGAAGAGACUGAUGUGUCAUCAGAGAGGCUCUCAGCCCCAUAUGGUGGCCAUGUUGUUUUUGUGUGAGACCCUCUGAGAGUGAUUAGAGGUCUCAGAGGACAUUAAGGGCUUAUUAGACCGAGGGGGGGGAGAAUGGCCCCGCAAGGGAUGUCGUGAGCGUGGAAUGGAGGGGGGGCGGAAGACGUCUCCAGGGUGCAGGUGUGGGAGAAUGGCCCCGCAAGGGAUGUCGUGAGCGUGGAAUGGAAUGGAUGCAUGGCACAAUUUGAACUCCUGUGUUUGCUUGAGAUGGGAGAGGAAGCUGAAGAAUGCAAUGUUGAAAUGGGCCAUCGGGUGGCCAAUCACACACACAUACAUACAAACACACAUGCAUUUGCUUAGACAUACACACACAAUUGGAAGAGACAGGAACAGACAGGUAGAUUACCAAAAUUAAGUAUGUGACAAUUACACAUUUAUAAAGGAAGAGAUUGUAAAAGGAUAGAAAGUGAGAUUGAAAAUAGGAAGUGAGUUAGGAUGAAAAAGUUUGGGAGAAAAGGAAUGCACACACACACACACACACACACACACACACACACACACACACACACACACAGAGUAAUGAGUGCCGUCUUCAGCUAUGCUUUAGUUUAUAUUCCCCUCCCUAUUUUGGAAAGCCACCAGUCCUUUUAGCCUUAUUUUACCCUAACUGCCAGCCUUAAUGCAGUUUUUCAACACGUUUUGAGCACUUUAUUAGCACACAGUUUCAAAUGAAAACUGUCCUCUUGGAGUCGGAGACCAUCCAUCAGCUCCACUAGGUUUGUGUUGUCAAAUCAAAAAUCUAUCAAGGAGACAAUUAUGACUUUGAGACCGAGUUAUUGUAUUUUUUGUUUUUGUUUGAAAUCAUGUAAUUUGUAACAUGAACAGUUUGAAUGGUAUGCGGAGCUAGCUUCCACAUAUUAAAUAAUAUCCCAAAGGUCUAACUCUGGUACUGUCUCUGCAGGAUAUGUGUGUUCACGUGAGUGUGUUUUCAUUGAGGUGCUAUCAGAUUAGGACAUAUCUGCAAUGCAAGGAGUUAUUGCAUCACAACGCUCUCCUGUACAGAGAGAUGCAGAGGUGCAAUUAUGUUGAUUUGCAUAUCAAACCAAAGACCCAUGAACAGACACAAGUGGUUCUGUGUCCAGUUCUGUGUGCCCCUUUUGACCUGUGCUCAGACCCUCACACUUCUAUGACCUUUUACCCCGAGCGGUCUUUAAACCGCACAUAUCCCAUGAUUCCCCUGCCUGCCGGUCAGGCCAUGCCCAGCUUGAGAAUGUUGAGCCCACUGCACAUGCUCAGAUGCAGAUGUGGGGAAAUGUGCUAAACUGCUUUAUCCAUCUCUUUAAUUCCUUUCUCUCUUCAGGUCAUUAUUUUAAUUUACUUAACAUUUUUCAUUUUUUUUUUUUUUUUUUAACUGCAUGUGUGGAGAGGCAAUGCCCCGCAGUACUGCAGGGAUCUGUACUGGGACCCUGUAUGGAUUUAUUUCCUUUCUGUCAGGGAGGCAGACUGUGAUUCAUUAGAGGCUGGACCCCCAGGGUUCCAUGAUGGGGGGGGGGGGGGGGGGGGAUUCGAUGUGGGUGGGAGUUGGUGGGCAGAAAUGAAGCCAUCCACUGGAGCACAGCCUCAGCAGCAGAUCCAGGAUCAGACGGAUGGUUACAGGGGAGGCAGUCAAAAUAGCAGGGCAGGGGCACGUGCAGUUUUGUCAUUUCACCAACAGAGGGAGCUGCAGAAGUCUGUCUCCAACCAUCAAUGUUGUGAGCACAUCUAAAGAUGGUGAGAAAGAGAAAUGCUGAAAGAGAAGAUAGAAUGCAUGAAGGGGGGAAAAAACAGAAAGAUUGUCAUUAUCUGAAAGGGAAAAAUCUUCCUUUUUGGUAAUGUUUACUCAAUUCAAUUCUUUUUUUUUUUAAUCCCCGGGAUUUAUGGGAAUCUUGGCAUUCCUGGCCUCUGGAUGAUCGGAAACUCAAAUGUUGAGUUUAAAUCCACCUUCACCUCUUCCUGUUUGCCUUAGAGAUGGAAUGUUUGCCAUAAUGCUUUCUUUAUUUAAGAAUCUGCCUUUUCAACCAGCUUGAAUAAUUAGGGCCUGGAUACUCGAAGAAAAUGAACCUGAAUGAAUAAAAGUCAAGCACAGUGAAAUUUCUCCUAGAAAAAAUUAAUGCAAAAUAUUGAGUGCACUAUUGUUCUAUAUGUCACAUUGUGUGGGGUUGAGAAAUUGAACCUUUGUGUCACAAUUUGAAAUGAUUGUUACUAAACACAAAGCAAAAAGGUACAGGUUCAUCCUAUUUGUUUUUCUUUUGUUUUUGUACAAAAAAAGGGCAAAAAGUACUUUUGUAAAUAGUUGUUAUGUAAAAAAUAAAUUAUGAAGUAUGAAAUAUGGAUUUUUUUUGUUGGUGUUUUUGAUUUAAGCUUUUUGUAACAAGGCUUUAUUUAUCUGUGUCAUUUUCUGGACUGUACAUUCGAACAAACCAAACCACCUUAAUAAAUAACAUUUACUGUA